AUGAAUCAUUCUUUAAAUAAUGAAAUUGAACGAUCAUCGAUGCCUACUACACCUCACAUUAAAGUUAUUCCAGCUAACCAAAAUGCUGAAAGCUGGGUUUGGUUAUUCGUUGAUAAAAAAACUCGACGAUGUCAAGUUCAAAUUGAAGAUAAUGGAGUUAAAAUUAAAUGCCCAUGGUAUUGCCGAGAAAAAACCAGCACAACUAACAUUGCUAGUCAUCUAAGAUCCAAACAUCGAAUUAUUGAAGAAAAAGAAAAAGUUGAAAUAAGCUCAACAUGUACGAUAUCUAAGAAUUAUUCACUUGAACAAAAUAAGAUCGAAAGAAUUACAUAUC